AUGAAGAUUGUUGCGUUUAUUCUUUUGACUUGUACCCUUGCCGUGGCCUCUGGCGCUGCAAAUGGCGAAUGGCACCACAAAGGACGCACGGCUAGAGCGGUUAUGAGAAGGCUGAAUCACAAGGGUGGUAAAGGCGGAAAGCAAAAGGGAACCAGAAUGCCAUCUUCCAUGCCAUCCACGAAUCCAACCGAUCUUCCAAGCACUACGCCAAGUUCCGCGCCUAGCAUUUCAUCGAAGCCUUCGGUCUCAUCAGCUCCUAGCUCAAAUCCUUCCCUGUCGGGAGCACCCUCCGAAGAGCCCUCGGUUUCUCCGAGUGUGGAACCUUCCGUGUCCAACAUGCCUUCCAGCUCGCAAGUACCAUCCCUUGAGCCCUCCUGCAUUGACAGCUUUAGAGUCAUGAAGACUGGCAAGGGUGGUAAGGGCGGCAAGGGUGGUAAAGGAGUCAAAGGAAAGCGCCUUUGUGAUAGCGCCAGUCCAUCCAAGGCGCCAUCCACUAGCAAUGCACCAUCCAGCAGCUCCAGUCCCUCGACAAGUCCUUCCAAAAGCAGUGCCCCUUCUUUGUCAGUCGAACCAUCCUAUCUUCCUUCGAGCUCUUUUCUUCCUUCGAGUAUGCCUACUUGUGGUGGAAAGGGAAACGGAAAAGGAAAGGAAAAGGGAUGUGCGGCUCCUCCUACUAGCAAGGAUGCCAAAAAGAGCCGCAAUAAUGAAUCUGACCCCAAUAAGGAAUCUCCACCAUCUUCUUCUGAGAAUCCUGCUCUUGCGUCGGAUGCCAAGAGGGAGGCAAGUGGUGCGUCGAGUGGCACUUUUAGACUUGGCAUGAUUGUCUUGGGCGCGGCCAGUGUCUGUGUACUAUUGCCUUGUUAA